AUGGAAAAACUUGAACAUUCAGAAACAAACUUUUUUGACAAUAUCGAGAUAAUAACGCAACAGUUAAAGGCACAAAAAAGGGAGAACUUAUUAUUCACUUCGUUGCUUCUACUUUUAGAAUGUGAGCAACAAUUAGUAGCAAGUCAAGAAAAACGCAGUAUUGACCAAGAUCCUAAUUAUGAUCAUAUCUAUGCAGAAUUACAGAUUAACCUUUAUGCGAUGGAUGUUUGGGUAUAUGAAAUAUACCAGUUUGGAAUUAUAGAUCAAGAGUUUAUGCCUGUAUCAAUCAAAUUCAAAAUAAGUCAAAUUACUAAUGAAAUUGAUAUUGAUUACAUUAUAAAUACCUUGAUUCCUGCAGUGCAUGAAGAAUAUACUAAAGGUGUUAAUGUUAUUAAAGAUCUUAAAAUAGUAAUAGUAGAUAUUAGAGCAAAUAGAAGCAAGAAAUCUUGUUCUAAAUCUGAAGAUAAAUGUUUUACAGGAAAUUCAAUAUAUUAUAAAGGUACAGGUUAUUUAAAUAAUCUUUAUGAAGCUAAUAAUUCAGGGCUUAGAGAACUUAUUAGUUCACUUGAUACACUUUGCUUUCUUAAUACUAUAGAAGUUAAUGAAUUUCUUAAUAUUAAUAGUGAAGAGGUUGUUUAUGAAGUGCUUUUAGAAGAUUAG